UUUAUCAGUUAAAUUAAAUUUCCUCUAAAAUAAAUUUUGAUUCGAAUUUCGAUAGUGAAAAAUUUCUUAAAUUUUAUUGCAAUGUUAUGAUGUUUCCAUAAAUUAGAAUGCACAAAAGUUUACUCAUCCACGAUUGGUCCCAUUUUUAACUCAGUCUUCCUUCGAGAGAUCCAUUUCAUAUAAUUAUGAAGCGUACCGAAAAAAAAACUUCCGGCGCCAAAGGAAACGGACAAAGAAAUUCUACAGCUGCAGCUGAAAUGGCUAAUUUACCGGAAACUGCUGAUGACGAUUGGAUCAAACAUAAAGAACUGAUCGAUUCUAACUUGAAUCUUCUGUCAAAUACUAAUGAAGUAAAUGAAGAACGGGACCGUGUAUUAGAAUCCAUCAAAGUUACUAUCAAUAACACGAACAAUUCGAUUAAAGCGAUUUCAACCAUGAGUACACCGUUACGCGAUUACGUUGGAGCGUUAAUACCGUUGAUGAAAAUGAAGCAUAUCGAUGUUAAAACUAGAUUCAGCAUUGCAGAUAUAAUGUUUACAUUAUCAGAUAAUGAUUUAGUACCUUUUACGCAUUCAAACUUUAUCCCCCUGGUUGGUUUUUUGGUCGAAAAUUGUCCCGUUCACAUGCAUGAAAAACAUAUGAAUACAUACAUUCGUAAACUUCGCAAAUUGCUGAAUGCCAUGUACAAUGAUGAAGAUUUAAAAUCCGACUGUACUUUAGAAAUUCCUUCCUUGCUCCAGAUGUUAGAUGUGUUACUCUUACACGUUCCCUUUUGUUCCACUGAUAAUGGUAUAGAGAUCGUCGGUCAUAUUGUAGCCUUACAUGAAACCGUCAUUAAAGAAUUCCAAGCUCGUAUCAAACAAGUUUUAUUUCAUUGUUCCAAAACCGAAGCUUUCGCUUUUGGAAAAAUCUACUUCCGAGUGUGGGAAUUGGUGAGCGAUGAAAUGAAGAAAUUUGUUGAAGAAGAAUGUAUUCAGUGGAUAAUGGAUCGAGCGUUUACUCUCGGUCGCCAAGAGAAUGCUAGAAAGUUUCUAUCAGUCAACGUUCAAAAUUUACUGUCUGGAUUACACUGCUGUAGAAAAUCUGCGAAAUUCAGUCAAGUCAUCACCACGUUGUAUUCACCUUUGAUCUGGAAAUAUUUGAGCAGCGAUAAUGCUAUCUAUCGAGCUAAUGCAGCAGAGAUAUUUAUGAAUGUGUAUCCUUUGGAGAAACCUCAAAAGGGAAAGACUGUCUACAGUCAGUUUCUACGAAAACAACACGAUGAAAUGUUAGCUUUAUUGAACGAUCGUUGUCCAGCCGUUCGAGUUAUAGCUAUUAGGGGAAUCUGUGCCAACAUGAAGUAUUUUUGGAUUACUUUUCAAAAUGGAACUGCCGAAGAAGUGGUUAAAAAAUUAAUUUCCGAAAUGGUGCUCGAUGGAAGUUCUGCGGAUGUUAGAAAAUCAGUAUAUCAAGGAUUCACGCAAUUAUUAGAAAAUUCUGAUAGUCAUCGAUUGUUGAAAAGCGUAUUGCCUUCCCUGAGUCAAUUUCUCCACGACGAAAAUAAAAGCGUUCGACAAGCAUUUUUGAACAUGUUGUUGAAAAUUAAAAACACUCCUUGUGAAAUAAAAUAUUUUCAAAUCGUCGAUUUGGUCAAUAUAGCCGCUAGACUGGAGGUUGACAGCCUACAGAAUCAAAGUUUGAUCGUAAAGCUGAUAUUUUCUAGCUUUUUUGGUCCGAAAAUAUCGAUCGAGGAAACUUUCAAACGUCUCUGCAAAUUUAUUAAAGUGAAUCCAGCCGCAGCUCGUAAUUUAGCUACCUGUUCCAAAGAAGUCCUACCCCUGAAAGAAGCCGCUCAAUUGAUGUGUUUGAUUCUUUUACAUCUGUACAAAAAUUUGAAGAAAAAAAUGGAACCGUAUGGCGAUGAAAAUAAAGAAAGUGAGAAAACGGAUAAACCUAGUAAAGCUCGUACUACGGCAUUAUCAAGUAUCGAAAAUGUCCAAAGAUCGGGUGAUGCUGAUGCGAAUGAAAAUGUCGAUGCCAACUCCAGUGCGACAUCGUCAGAUAGUACACGAAAAUUACUAUCGUCUGUUUGUGACCCGAUCAUUGCUCAUGGCUUAUUCGAUUUCGUAGCCAUACUAUGGCUCAUAAACGGUAAACGAUUAUCAGAACCGGAAAACAAAGAGCUUCUCAACCAAGUCCACAGUUGUAGCAUCAAAUGCAUUCCUCCAGCAUUAAGAUAUUUUCGAGAUACGCAUGUUUUUUACGGUGUUCUAAAUUUGGCUGGAAUGAUGCCGCUUUCUACUAUCCAACAUCAAACCACAGUUGUUGGAAGUUGCCUCUCCAUGCUGCGACAAAUGUCCGACGAAUCUUCAGCGAGUGAAUAUCAUUGUAUUAUACACGUUUUAUGCAUAUGGAAUAGAGGAGAUGAUAUAUUGGAAUUGAUAAAAGAAUGGCUGAACGAAGGAUUCCGGUCGGAAAAUCUAAACGAAACCUUCAGUCUCCAAAGGAGAGAAUCGAUGAGGAAAAAACGUGUGAAAUUCAUGAAACCCGAAGCGAAACCUAAACUAGCUUUAAGUUUGCUGCAAGCGAUAUUCAACAGUCAAGCCGAUCAGAAGUUGAUUUUUUCUAAAAAUAUCAAUUGUUUGACUACUCUUUUUGAAUUCUUGUCAAAAAUCAAGAAACUCGUUGAAAAUAGAAUAUCAAAAGGUUCCGAAUUGAAUAACAUUUUAAAUGAUGAUUUCCUCAAAGAAACAUUUGCUUUGUACGGAAAUUUCAUGAUUAUGUUCUCUCAAAAUGAAGUAUCAGACUUUAAUUUUUGGAAAAAAUUCGCCAAACACAUAGAAUGGUGUGAUAAAAUUUUGGGACAAGGUAGAUCGCUUGUGGAUACUAAUGGGGAUGACGAUGAAGAUGAACAGAGUACAUUUGCCGGUGAAAUGUUGCAAGUUCCGUUGAUUCAAUCUUACCAUCUGGUCGCACUAGGGAAAUGUUCAGAUAAUGAUCUCAUUCUUUUGAGUACAUUUUGUUUGACAGCUUUAAACUCUAAUAAUGGGUUGUAUUGCGUGGAAGCAGCAGUUCAGUUUGUAAAACAGUUACUUUUAUUCUCUCGAGCACAUCAUGAAGGUAGACGCAACAAUGAUGUUAUGAUGAUUUGGCUACCGCGUUUAUUGGAUACCACAUUGUCCUUAUUGACUGAAAAAAACCUUACCAAAGAUGAGCUCUCUGUGUAUAUCAAGAAUUUCACAACUCUGAGGAAUACUCUAAUAUUCAAUUACAUGUUAAUCACGAAGCUAUAUCCUAAAUUACUCCACGGUAGUUUAUCGUAUCAAGUGCUCUAUUCGUUCUGUAACCACUUGAUCAACAUCGUCUUGUUUCCCAUUAGAGAAUGUGAAACAUUAAAUGUUGAUCAAAGUAUCAAAAACUUGCCUACUGUCGGCAGUUUACUGGCAGCGGUGUUAAUUUCGCAGGUUGAGUUAGCCUCCGGAUUCUUAUUCGUAUUGAAGAAAAUCAUCGGUGAUUACACCGAUAACGAUGUAUUGAACAUGUUGGCUGUUUCAUCCUUGCUGUAUACAUUAGCUUCAACUGGAGGUAAAAUUAAACCGUCGGAAAUUUUGAAAGUUGUUCAAAUAACGCACACUAAACUGCAAAGUAUAACUACCGAAGAAGGCGGUUUAGCAUUGGUCAUGAAUCAUGAGCGAAGUGUUGGUGAUCGUACUAUUAUUGAUAUCGAAGAAACUAAUGAAUUAGCUGUUAAAGAAAUCGGCAAACAUAUUUUGAAAUUAAUCGCAGAACAUCUUAAAGGAUCUCUUACGUGAUGUAAAUGAUAUGUACCUACUCUCAGUGUAUAUUUUUAUUUUGUAUUUCAUAUUGAAAUUUUUUUAAUUUUAUAAUAAUUUAUUUUAAAAACCGGUCAUUUUUUAUAUAUUUUUUUAAAUGAAUACCUAUUAUUUACUAGACAUAAGGUGUGAAUACAUAUUGCAAAUACGACUGCCAUUCAUCGAAAUCAUUGUUACGAAGAACGGAUGUUAUGAAUGAAUUUCGAUCAAUAAUUUAUUGAACUUGAGUAUCACAUUACUGAACUCCUUCUGUUUCUUUUUGCUCAUUUAUGAUCAAUUGUGAUGUAAAUAUCAAUUAAGUCGUAGAAUCUAAAAAAGAAAAACAGUAAAAGUUAUUUUACUAUA